AUGAAGCACGUGCUUGGCACGCUGGGGCUUUGCGCUUUCUUGCUUGUUGCGCAUGGUCUCGCCUCGGACAUGUGUCCCGAUGGGCAAGAUGAAGCUGCUCAUUUGCAGGUUAAGGGGAAUCUCUCCGCACAGCUGGAGACAAAGAGUCCAGCUCAGAAGUGGCGUCGGUUCCGUUGGCGCAAAAGACGCUACGGUCAUUACAGCAAGUACGGUUAUUACGGGCCCAAAACGACGACUUCAACAACUACUCCAACAAUGACACCGACGGCAAGCAGCACGGGUGGCACGGAGGCAACUACAACCACCCUUUCCGCAACGACGAGCAGCACGGAGGCAACGACGACCACGGCAGCAAGCACAAGCAGCACGGAGGCAACUACAACCACCCUUUCCGCAACGACGAGCAGCACGGAGGCGACGACGACCACGGCAGCAAGUACAAGCAGCACGGAGGCAACGACGACCACGGCCGCAAGCACAAGCAGCACGGAGGCAACUACAACCACCCUUUCCGCAACGACGAGCAGCACGGAGGCGACGACGACCACGGCAGCAAGUACAAGCAGCACGGAGGCAACGACGACCACGGCCGCAAGUACAAGCAGCACGGAGGCAACUACAACAACCCUUUCCACAACGACGAGCAGCGCGGAGGCGACGACGACCACGGCAGCAAGUACAAGCAGCACGGAGGCAACGACGAUGUCAACAACUGCGAGUACCACUACCGCAGUCUUGGUGCCUCGCUGGAUCAUGGGCCCAAAUCCGAACCCUCCAGGAGCACCGAAUUGCCCUGGAUGCACCCAGGUUUGUAUCGACAACGGCUACACGCAGUGCGGGCCAGAUGAGAUGGCGCAGAUCAACACCAGGACUGCCGUUGUUGCUUUGGUGGAAAGUGUGUUCAACCUCACCUGCUCGGCAACCAAUGCAGGGAGAAGCUAUGCAGGGUCACCAUUUUUCGAUUUCAGGGCUAACAACUGCAUCUACUACACUGGAGGAUCGCCAGGGAACAUUGACUGCUCGCGCAAUAGUUUCCCAACAGUCCAUUCAGUAAUCUGUUGGUGCAAGUAA